AUGAUGCGCUAUCUUUCCGCGAGACUUGCUCAGCAAAUUGAUGAGGAACUCAUGAGUUCCGCAGGGGCUUUCAGCCUUGAUCAGCUUAUGGAGCUUGCAGGCCUGGCCUGCGCUCAAGCUGUUGCAGCCGUCUACAGAAAAGACGUGUAUCCGCGUGUCCUUAUCUGCUGUGGCCCAGGAAAUCAAGGUGGUGACGGACUUGUGGCAGCACGUCAUUUAGGGAUGUUUGGGUAUCAACCCACAAUAUACAUGCCCAAGCCUGGUUCCAAGGUUAUCUAUCAGCGACUGCAAAAACAAUGCGAGAACAUGAAAAUUCCCGUCCUACCUCCGUCAAAUGACGUGGAUGACCUUCGAAAGGCACUACACGACUCUGAUGUCAUACUCGAUGCCAUCUUCGGGUUUUCGUUCAAGCCUCCUAUCCGAUUUCCAUUCGACACUGUCCUUCCGCUUCUCAAUCAGUCCAGGCUUCCCAUCGUCUCUGUGGAUAUUCCGUCUGGUUGGGAUGUCGAGAAAGGAAACGACCUUGGAGUGGGUUUGCAGCCCAAUGUCCUGAUCAGCCUCACGGCCCCAAAGCAAGGCGUGAAGGACUAUACUGGAAGACAUUUCUUGGGAGGACGAUUUGUACCAAAGAGUCUCGAGGAGAGGUUCGAGCUCCACCUCCCUCAUUAUCCCGACUCCGCUCAGAUUGUCGAACUGGACUCAGAAUCAAGCAUGCACAAGUAUUGA